UAUUAAGUAUGCGGAAAUCUUCGAAUAAUUCAGUGUCUUCGCUGUUGGUCUGCUCAGGCUUUGUUGCUCACCACUGCCUACACACACGCACACUUACAUACGCGAUUGAUUUACUCACCACCACUCUAAGCUCCUCUUCUGUCCUCCACAAUUACCCGCCAAAAAGGUACCCGCGGAUUGGGCGCUGUCCAUGCCAGUUUGGAGGUGGGUUUUGUCCGGGUUUUGAUUUUGGGGCAUGGAAUCCGCGGCGGAGGCGAAAUCGGAAUCUGUCGGUGAGAAGAGGCCAGCGGAGGAUUGGGAGGCCUCGCCGGCGAAGAGGGUUAGAGCUGGGAGUGAGCGGAGUUCGGCCGUCGAUGUGAAGAAGGUCGCGGAGAUGGUUUUGGUGCUGGCCGCGAUGGGGAAAAUGAGGGGAGGGAAGGGUCCCACUGAUGUCGAGAAAGAAUUGAUGGCGGAGGCUCGGAACAGGCUGGCUAAGGUGUGCGAGGGUUUUGCUCCAAAGGAGGUGUUCCCCAGGGACGCUUUUGGGAGCGUGAUUGAGGAUUUGGGACUCAAUAAACUGAAAGAUCAGAGGCUAGGGUUUCGUCCCCCCAAAAUAUCCAUUGCUGAGAAGUUGCUGGUUUCCAAGAGAAAGAUGGAAGAGGCAGAAAGUUUUUCGCUACCAUCUACUCCACAUUCAGCUCGCCCGCAGGGAAACUCUGCCUCAGUUGAUAAUCGUGCUGUUUCUCAUCCUGUUCGAAUGUCUCAGCCAGAUAAAUCCGGCCGGCUGCUGGUACCCACUGGAAAUUUCCAGUCCCCUUCACCUUUAACCCAGGGUAUAUCCCCAAGUUCUACAUCUUUGCCGUAUCAGCUACCUACUAGUGAAAUUCGACCGGUAGUUUCCAGCGCAUUGUCUUCUAGUCACUUGACUUCAACAGCAUUGCCAAGAGUUGACAAACCUCAGCUUAGAUCGGAUGGAAGGCCAAAUGGGCCUACCCAAUUAUCACACAUUCCAGCUACUUUUUCUGCUAGUGCAUCUGUGAGGACUCCAACUUGGUCACUGCAAGCCCAGGGAUUGGCUUCCAAAAGUGGAUCAGAUAAUAAGGUUCCGGCGAAUAUGUCCCUUAAGUUUGAAGGAGCUGCUGGCAUUAGAUCUGGAAUUGCCACUCAAACAACAUCAAGGACCGUUGCUCAGGCAAAAGGAGCACAACCUUCACAAGCCCCUAACAGUAUUCAGCCUCCCUCUUCGGUAAAUACCCAUGCUGAAAUUGGUAAGAUUGUCCAGAAGUUAUUACAGCCAAAGGUUCUGGAACAACCUACUUGGAAUCCACCCUCAACGGACUAUAUGAACAAGGCUUUAACUUGUCAAAUCUGCAUGUCCACAGUAACGGAAAUAGAUAGUAUUCUCAUUUGUGAUGCUUGUGAAAAAGGAUAUCACUUGAAAUGCCUCCAGGCCAGUACUUUAAAAGGAAUUCCAAGAGGGGAAUGGCAUUGUGGGAAGUGUUUGUCUACAAGCAAUGGGAAACCACUGCCUCCUAAAUAUGGUCGUGUUAUGAGAAAUGUCAACACACAAAAACUCUCUUCCAAUACACCACCUGUACCUCCCAGUUCAAGUAGAAGUAUCAAUGCUCUAAAUGAAAAGGCCAGCCAACCUAAGGUAAUAGUUAAUGGUAACACUGCAAUCGACAAAGUUCCAGGAGGUGCAGCUAAAAGUUCGGUUCACCAGACAUCCAUGCCAGAAGGAACAGAAGCUAGUAUGCAAGAGAAUUAUAAUAAUCCGAGCAUGAGUAAGAUGGACAUGGACAAUAAUAAAAUAUCUAUUGGGAGUUGUGCAGAUAGUUUGAUAGAAAGCUCCAAUUCUGCAGCCGUCGCAUCUGCAAAAACUUUGCCUGGACAAGAAGGUGUUGAUAAAGUGACUGAAUUAAAACCAAGUUCUCCUCCUGAGCUAGUCAUGGUUGCGGAUUCUUCUGACAAGUCCCAGGAAAGUGGCAAAGCUGUUGAAGCAAGUCAAUUUAAGCAACUGCUCGAAGAUCACCUUGUGAGGGAUUCCAAAGAAUCUCAUGGCGAUGAGACUACAAGUAAUCUAAACCCAUCAAAGGAACAAGGCUUGGCAUCUGAUCAACCUACAGCUACAGCCGCGGCUGCAAGUAAUGGGACUAUGAAUCCUGGGAUAUCUUCAUCAGAUGGUGUACAUGUCAUUAAGUGGGUAGAUGAUCCAAUUCAAAUUCUUGAUGAAAAAAUCUAUUAUGGAGCAUGCUGCAUCAAUGGGCAUGUCUAUAAAUUAAUGGAUCACGUUCUCAUUCGCUUCGAUAAAGAAAAACUUAUACCUUCAAAGCUACAGGCUAUGUGGGAGGAUAAAAAUACUACAACUAAGUGGGUGAUAGUGAAUCAAUGUUACUUUCCCAAUGAUUUGCCUGAGGCUGUUGGGCGCCCAUGUGGCCUGGAAAGCAGCGAGGUCUAUGAGUCUACUCGUGGAAGAGCAUUGAUGGCUGGCUUAAUAGAAGGCCCUUGUGAAGUCCUUACCCCGAGAAGAUUUGCAGAGGAAACUGAAAGGAGGGCUCAAUUGGGGAAACAAUCUAAUGAUCAUUUGCCUCCACUUUAUCUCUGCAAGUGGAUAUACGAUGAAGUAAAAGGGCUCUUUCGAGAUAUUUCAUGUUGAAGUCCAGGAAAACUUCAGGUGAGAAAAUCCGACCACCCUUAUUGGCGAAAUGGAUGUCGGCCGAUAAAUGUUGGGCUAGUUUUAGAUGAGGUGGUGGAUUGAUUGAUUGAUUACUCUAUUAUAUAGACAAAGUAGAAAUUGUUUGCAAAAUGAAGCUUGUUGAAAGUGAAGCAGGAAUGUUUAAGUGCAGUUUUGUGUACACUAUGUAGCUCUAAUUGUAGCUUGUAUCAUUCAAUUCCUUAGAAUUGAGAGGGAUGGCCUUUUCUCUGUCAGCCACUACUUUUAGUCCUUCCUCUUGACAAAUUAUACUCUUAUAUUUGCUUAGUUGUUGAAUGUACAUGACUAGUAGUAAUGCCCUUCA